GCCAACAGCCAACUAAACAGUCCAAUUUUGGCCAGAAACAAAAGAGCAUCAUCCUGGCCGCAAAAACACGAGCGCAGAAUUCAAAUUCAAGUUCGAAUUCUUCUCGCUUAGAGUGAACAAUAUUCUUCUUUUUUUUUAAAAAACUUGUGCUUCUUCUGUGUCUCUUGAGUGCAAAUUGGAAAAACUUAAUUUACCAAAAAUAUAAUUAAAAAGCCCUAAAUUGUUUCGGAAAGAUAACUCCUAAGAACAGGUAAACACGGGGAAUUUGCCAAGGAAAUUAUCAUCAUCGGAGUCACGUAAUUAAAACGAAACGUAAGACUCGAGAAAGAAGAGCAAAUAUUUGCAUUUUCCGGUGGAAGGGCGGAAAGGGAAAAACGCUGGCGGGGCUAAUAAUAAACUAAGGCCGAAGGACUAAGGACUAAGGAGCCAACAACUACCGACGACGACCGUUAACGUGGCCAUAACAGUUUGCCAGUUAGCGCUACAGUUACCGCUACAGUUACUGCUCCACUUACACUGACUGCUGAUAAUAAAACGUCACAGACCGAAUCGAAGAAGAAAAAAAGCUGAGCGCACUGAGCGAAAAGCGAGGAGCGUUCGUAUACAUAUAUAUCAACAGUAGUCAACAAGGACAACCAGGACACCGAGGAAACUUCAAGGAUUGCAGGAUGCGGGGCCGUCACUUGCGUCGCCGAUUCAGCCUGCAGCCCUCGUUCAUGAAGGAUGACAAUGCCGAGGAUAAACCAAAGCGUGACAAAGUGGGCAGGAAUAACGCGGUCGACGAUGCCAUCGGACCGGCCAACGCCCGCCACAAAAUCGUCGUCAUGGGCUCUGCCAAGGUGGGCAAGACGUCGAUAAUCACCCAGUUUCUGUACAACACAUUCAGCACCAAAUACAAGCGGACCAUCGAGGAGAUGCACCAGGGCAACUUCUCCAUCGCCGGCGUUAGUCUCACCCUCGAUAUCCUGGACACUGCCGGUUCCUAUGAGUUUCCGGCGAUGCGUGCUCUUUCUAUAUCCUCGGCGGAUGCUUUCAUCCUGGUCUACGAUGUCACCGAUGCCACAACCUUUGAAGAGGUGCGCACAAUUCGCGACCAGAUCCACGAGACGAAGGCCACCACUGCAGUUCCCAUUGUGGUUGUUGGCAACAAGAUCGAUCUUUUAGCCGAUGGAGAAACCGAACGCGAGGUUGAGUACGCCACCACAGAAUCGGUGGUCACUGUGGACUGGGAGAAUGGGUUUGUGGAGGCCUCGGCUGCCAGCAAUGAGAACAUCACUCAGGUGUUCAAGGAGCUGCUGGCCCAAGCAAAGAUCACCUACAAUCUGAGUCCGGCACUGCGACGUCGCCGCCAGUCGUUGCCGCAACAGAUUGGCAACAAUGGGCCGGGCACCCCGCUGCACCACCAUCACCACCACAGCCACCACCACCAUCAGUCGCAGCAGCACCACCACAACUCCGGCGGCGGAGGCUCCUCCGCCUCCACCUCGGCGGCGGCGGCAGCAGCAGCGUCUUCAUCCGGCGGCGGCUCCGGUGGAUCCCAUGCCCCCACUCCGGCCCAGCUGCAGCACCUCCAGCGAAUCCAGGAGCGGAGUCUGGGCGCCAAGCGCAACUCGUGCAGCAUCUCCUAAGGGAGCAAGGGGAAUCUCCGGGGAUUCUAAAGUCGCACCACGGCAGCUAAAGAAAAAAAACAACUAAUGCUAAACUAAAACGGUCUCCUACAAAACGGUUUUCAAUACUUCUCCAAUAAUGCAAAAAAAAAACACAAAAUGGUUCUUACUUCUACGUAAACCAAUUACCAAAAAG